CACGCCACGCGCUCCUCAUUAGCAGACGUCAUUAGCGGCUGGGAAACAGCUGCUCACGGUUCCGGGCGGCAUGGCGUCUCACCGGCUCUGACCCGGGUUUCUAACCUCUGACUGAUAGAUAACCCUCAGCCUUUUAAAACAGUUCUCGUUAGUGAAAGCACAAUUGUCGGCAAAUGUCUGAGAGGACUCCUCUACUGCACUACCGGCUGACCACCUGCGCCGGUCCCGAGACCUCCCAUGGGGCCGAACGCACCGGGCCACGGGCCGAGCGGGACGCCCGGAAGCUGGGAGUGGUGUUUGGAGUGGUCAUACCGACCUUACUGUCCAUGUUCAGCGUCGUCGUGUUCUUGAGAGUCGGCUUUGUUGUGGGUCAGGCCGGACUUUACCAGUCUGUUGCCAUGCUCCUGGUGGCCUACUUCAUCGUCACAAUGACUGUGCUCUCCAUUUGUGCCAUUUCCACCAACGGCGCUUUAGAUGCUGGAGGUGCAUAUUAUAUGAUCAGCCGAGCGCUGGGUCCAGAGUUCGGUGGAAGCAUUGGGAUAAUGUUUUUCCUUGCAAAUGUGUGUGGCUGUGCUCUUUAUAUUUUGGGUUUGGUUGAAGCCAUCAUGUCUACCUUUGGAGUGCCAGAAGAGAGCACCAGAGCUGUUGCAGGCGUCCAUCAGGCAUUGCCAUCAGGAUAUUGGUGGUGUCUGCUCUACAGCACUGUCCUGCUCUUCCUGUGUUUCAUUGUAUGUUUGGUGGGAGCCCACAUUUAUGCCAAAACCACCUUUAUUAUUUUCAUCAUAGUCACAACAGUUCUGACCUCCAUUUUCAUCAGUUUUUUCAUUGUAAGGCCGACUGUGGUGAUUUUAUCAAACACUUCUCCAACGCUGAAUACGAGCUUGAGCACAGCCAACUAUACUGGCUUCUGGCUCCCCACAUUAAAAGGAAACCUACUCUCUAAUUACACAGUCGACUACACCACCGGAGGCAUGAUGAGCUUCGCCAGAGUGUUCGCCAUCAUGUUCAACGGUUGCACCGGAAUCAUGGCGGGCUCCAACAUGUCGGGUGACCUAAAAAACCCAGGUUACUCCAUCCCAAGAGGAACGCUUGCAGCUGUUUUUACAACUUUCAUCACAUACAAUCUGCUGAGUCUGCUGGCUGCAUGGUCCUGUGACCGCUCCCUUCUUCAAGGAGAGUACAGUUUCCUAGGAGACAUCAAUGUAUGGCCUCCGAUGGUUACAGUUGGUGUCUACUCCUCUGCCAUGUCUGCUGCAAUGAGUAACCUUAUAGGCGCGUCCAGGAUCCUCUAUGCCCUGUCUAAGGAUAAGUUGUUUGGUGGUGUCCUAGUUUUGGCAAGGAAAACGUCUCGUAGUGGAAACCCCUGGGUGUCUGUGCUUAUCUCCUGGUUACUUGUGCAGGUGGUGCUGUUUGCUGGUAAAUUGAACACCAUUGCUGGAAUUGUCACCAUCUUCUUCUUGCUAGUCUAUGCUGCUGUGAAUCUGGCUUGUUUAGCUCUUGAAUGGGCAUCUGCACCAAACUUCAGACCCUCAUUCCGUUGUUUUACAUGGCAUACCUGUACUCUGGGAAUCGUUGGCUGCCUGGUCAUGAUGUUCCUGAUUAGUGCCAUUCAUGCCUUUGCCAGCAUAGCAUUUAUGCUUCUCUUGUUGAUGCUUAUACACUAUCUGGGGCCUAUCAGCAAUUGGGGUUACAUCAGCCAAGCUCUCAUCUUUCAUCAGGUGCGCAAGUACCUGUUGAUGUUGGAUGUGCGUAAGGAUCAUGUGAAGUUUUGGAGGCCACAGGUGCUACUGAUGGUUGCAAACCCCCGCGGCUGCACAGGUCUCAUGCUAUUCAUCAAUGACCUGAAGAAGGGUGGCCUUUAUGUGCUAGGACAUGUAAAGCUGGGAUUGCUGGAUGGAAUGCCCUCUGAUCCAUUGCAGAGCGGUUAUGACUCCUGGCUGUCUUUGGUGGAUCACCUAAAGAUCAAGGCAUUUGUCAAUCUCAGUCUGGCCGAGUCUGUGCGACGUGGAGUUCAAAACCUGCUUUUCAUCUCAGGGUUUGGAGGAAUGAGGCCAAACACGCUUGUCUUAGGUUUCUAUGAUGACUGCACCCCUAGAGACGACCUCCGUGGUCAAACUGUGGAGUCAACAUUGCAUAGUUUGGAUAUGGUUUCUCCAAACACAGACCCUGGACAGCAGUGCUUCCCAUUCUUUCCUAAUGUACGGGGCACAGAGGAGCCCAAAGACCUUCCAGAAGAGGAAUACGUAUCUGUGAUUGCUGAUGCUGUGAAAAUGGGAAAGAAUGUGGUAUUGGCUCGAUAUUUCAACCAGUUCGAUCGAGACCAGGUGUUGGGUUUAGGAAAGAAGAUUGGAGGCUGUCGAGGUGUCACUGGGCCGUUUGUAGAUGUGUGGCCUCUGAAUUUGCUCCAGCCCGACAGCCACGGAUAUGUCAACAUCUGUUCACUGUUCCUGCUGCAGCUGGCCUGUGUUCUUUGUGAGACGCGCGCCUGGAACCAGGCGAGGCUUCGGCUCUUCCUGUGCGUCGAGGCUGGUUGCAGUCUGCAGGAAGAGGAGGAGAUGAAGCUCCGCAGAAUGCUAAAGGAACUGAGGAUGUCAGCCCAAGUGCAGAUGGUGGUCUGGGACAAGGUGGUGGCCCGACACUGGCAGAGACGAGGAAGGGUGAGGGGGAAUCUGGCAGAAGGCUCGCAGAGACUAAAUCACGAGGAGGGAGUUGAUCACUUGUUUCCCAAUAAUGCUUCUCAGCUGACGGAUGACUACAUCUGUGCUGUCAACAACCUCAUUUGCAGACAUGGCUGUCCUGAACCAGCUGUACGUUUCUUGUAUUUGCAACACCCCCCAGCAGAUGUAAGUCGUUACCGUAACUACCUGCAUCAGUUGGACCUUUUAAGUAGGGGUCUUGGCCCGACGCUACUUGUUCAUGGAAUCACUCCAGUGGUCACUAUUGACCUGUAGAAUUUUAGUCUAGCCAUAAACUGUUUUGUGUCAUUUGAAAAACACUUUGGGAAGUUGACGUUUUUUAGGCACGAAUUAGAAAUUAAGCUUUGUUAUUUUUGAUGGUUUGUAGUCCGACAGGGAAGAGCCUCUUUGUCACUGCUGCUUGGUCAGAUCAUUUUGUGUAGUUAAUAUCAGACCAGUGUUGUUCUUGGUCUCUUUUAUGGUUUUAGGAUAAUGUUGCCACAGAAGGUUAAAGCGCAUUUAGACUUUGUGUAUGUUUAUAGAAAUUCAUAAAAUGUUGUUCCAAAAGCCUGUUCCUUGUAAAAAUGAAAAUGCUGAUAAAUCCUGAUUUGGUGCAUGUAAAAUAAUCUGCAUCUAUAGCACAGACUCAUAGCAGGCAUACUUGUUUUUUUUUUUUUUUUAUUCUAAAAAUGGUCAGUAUUCUUAGAGCAUUGUGUGUGUAUAUAUGUGUAUGUAGAGACAAGGUGAUAUUUAUUCUUUCAUACGCGCUCAUAUCCUGAAUGUAACAAUUUUAAUAUGUCAAUUUGAUAAAUAAAGGAGUCAAUCUUAUGUGGCAUUGUGGAUUCAGAA